CCUCUCUGUCGUUGCUGCAGCUAUUGCUGCUCACGGGUGCUGCUUUGCGUUUAUGUGUGCGUGUGUUUGUGUAGAAUUUUUGUGCAGUUUUUCUCGCCAGCAACGACAUCGUCUUCAUCGGUUUUCAUAACUUCGUGCGGUUCGUGAUUUUCAACGUCUCGAGUUCUCGAUGUCGCCGCGACGACAGCAAUGAGACAUAUACAUUUUUUUCAGCCAUUUAACAUUUUAAGCAAAGUCUUUAGUGUUUUUUAAAUAAUACACACGUUGCUUGCAAAUCAAAAAAUAUAUACGCGUACAUAAUUCAAGUGGACGGUGGUGAAAAGUGUCGUUGAUACGCGUGCGUGUGCCGUUGUACGAACCAAAUCGAGAAAAAAGCCAAACGCUGUGCAGCUGAAAGGUGCAAAAAAUAUUUAUUGAAAAAAAUUAAAAUGCCCGAACGACAAAUCUGUCAUUUCCAUUGAGUGAGGCGGUCAGUGCGGUGCCGUGUCGGGCCGUAUGUAUUACACAUUGCUGCAUAGUGAGUAGGUCACAGCAGCGCAAAGCUAAUCAGGCAGGCAAAAAAACAAAAUACAGUGUCACUGCUUGAAGAAAAGUGUGACAGCGUGAAAAAAAAACGAUAUACUGCUUAAAAAUAAAUUACAUAGCUAAAACGUCACUAGUACAGCAGCUGUGGCGUGAUGCCACUCGCGCACCAAAUGGCAGUGGCGGUAAAUUAUCAAAAGCUAUAAAAAAGAAUUCUUGAAAUAAUAAAAAAAGCCAACUCAAUCGCGCUGAAAACAAUAGCAGUGACCGCACGUCGUGCAUGCAGCAGACGCUGGUGCGGGGAGAACAGCAAAAAAGCGAAGAAAAAAACAGAAAUCAAAAGGCGCAUAAGGCAAAGCAACAGUGCAAUCGGUAGCAGUGCAGCUGUGCUCGCACAUAUUUGCAUUAGUCGUGUGUGUUCGCGUGUGUUUAACUGUGCACGAGCACAUCACAACAAUUGCAACCUUACUUAAGUGAAUUAAAAGUGAGAACGAAAAAAAACAUCGGCACAAACAUAGCAACAACAAAAGGAAACAUAAGGCAGUUAGUGCACUGCCGCUGACAUUUCGGACUAUCAGUGAGACAGGCUGGCGCUGUUACAGUGCGCCGGCCAAGCAGUUAACUACACCAACGCGUGGAGUUGCUUACGAAAAUCGGAAAUCAAAAAUCGAGUUGUGAAAAUAAUUGCAAGAAGUGUUAUUGAAAAGUGAAAAGUGUUGUGUGCUGGCACUGCAGUAUAGACAGCGCCUGCAGUGACGUGUUUCAUUCAUGCACGUAUGUACAUGUGUGUGCAAGCGCAUGUGCUUUCGUGCGUAUUUGCGACUUAUGCCGAGUGAACUGAAUCAAAAACUCUAGUACAACCAAAUUAACUUAAAUCACAUACAAAAUCUUUAUCACAAAAAAUACAUAUAAAUCAGUGCUCAUAGUUAAACCUACGAAAAAACGAACAAACCGAAACGAAUAAUAUACUCCCGGUAGUGAUUAGUGAUAACAAAAUGCUCCAGCGGCUAUGAUUGCCACACUAUUCAUCUUUUUUGCAUUUAUACGUGCGUUCCCCUGGCGGAGACGACGACCACGUCCACUACAACUCCCACCAGCCACACCGAACCAGGCGUUACCCCCUGCGUCAACAAACACCACUACCACAGAAUCCCACCCAACAACAAUUACAAUAGUGCCAACAACAUCAGGCGAAUACCGUGAAAAACCGCCGCCCACAACGCCACUCUCAAACGGCAGCGCCGUGCCGAGCAUACAACACGCGGACGCCACCACUAGCAGUAACGGCACUUACGAUGCAGUCAAAACGAUAGCAUCCGCCGAUGAGCUGGAGGAGACACCGCGACGCUCGUCCGUAUUGCAGACGCGCCGCAAAUCUUCGAAAUCACUCAAAUACCACGAAGUAACUUUCAGCGGCAGCGUCGGUGGCGGCGAGAGUGAUGACAAUGAGCACGAAACACCGCAGACACGACGCAGCUCCCACCACAAACCGCACCAUCAUCACCACCAUCAGCAGCAGCAACAGCGACAUCUGUUGCAGCAUCAGCAAACACUGAGCGCCAACUCGCGUCCCACCUCACCGGAUAGCCAUAGCCAUAGCUCGGCCUCACACUAUCUCUCGCUCAGCAGCGGUCGUACACGCACGUCCACCGAUUAUGAAACUGCCAGCAGUGAGUUGUAUAACAGCGCCAGAUCGCAGUUGGACCCAACGACUGACAUAAACGCUAGUGGCGCCGUCAUUGAUGCGGCGCAUGCGUACGCUGUCAGCGGCACAAACGGUCAAUUACCCGCAGCUACCAGCAGCGCACGCAGUUUGGCAGGCAGUCGUCGUUUUCCACCGCGGCGCGCCGCCACGCUUGCCACCGAUACGCUGGUGGGUACGGACGACGAAGGCGCUGUAACCGACGCACACGAUGAGGAUGGCGAAGAGGCGGGCGACGAUGAUGAUCACGAUCCAGAUUCAUAUGAUCGUGAAACGGAGGAGUUCUACAGCAACAUACAAGAUGCUGUAUGCCCGUCGGGUACGCGUAGUAAACGUUCAUCGCUCUUCUCACGUUCCGAUUCGUCAGCUACCACAACUUCGUCUAGUGGUGGUGGUACUUUCACGGGCGGUAAACGACGUUCCACCGCUUCGAUUUUAUCGUCAUCGAUGUGCUCCGAUGUCAUACCGAUCGAUAGACGUAGUUCGACCGCCACCGAGUAUAGUGUACGAUCAGCGUCGGGUCAACGGCGUUCCAGCGGACGUAUACGCCGUUAUAUAUCACGCAUGACGAUCGCCGGCGCACGACGACGCACCACUGGCAGCUUCGAUGUAGAAAAUGGCCAAGGCGCUAGAUCACCGCUUGAAGGCGGCUCACCAAGCGCCGGCUUGGUACUGCAAAAUCUUCCACAACGUCGCGAAUCGUUCUUGUAUCGCUCGGAUUCCGACUUUGAGAUGUCGCCAAAGUCGAUGUCACGCAACUCAAGCAUUGCAAGUGAAAGGUUUAAAGAGCAGGAGGCCUCUAUCCUGAUUGACCGAUCCCAUGGCGAGGAUCUUAUUGUGACACCAUUUGCCCAAAUUUUGGCCAGCUUACGUUCGGUGCGCAACAAUCUCUUAAGUCUGACAAAUGUACAAGCAUCCAACAAAUCCAGGCGCCCAACACAAUCGUCCAGCGUGGGACGUGCAUCCACAGCCGGCGUUCAAUUGGUCCAAGGCGAUGAAUCCUACACACGUUUGGCCACAGACACCAUCGAGGAGUUGGACUGGUGUUUGGACCAACUGGAGACCAUACAGACACAUCGCAGUGUAUCGGACAUGGCAUCGCUCAAGUUCAAGCGUAUGCUCAACAAAGAAUUAUCACACUUCAGCGAGUCGAGCAGAUCUGGCAAUCAAAUAUCGGAGUAUAUUUGUUCCACAUUUUUGGACAAGCAACAAGAACUGGACCUGCCAUCGAUGCGCGGCGACGACAACCCCGACCAACACAAUAUGCUUACCCAGCAUCAGCGUUCCCGUUCGCCACGUGGUCCGCCGAUGUCACAGAUAUCGGGCGUGAAACGACCACUCUCCCACACGAACUCUUUCACCGGCGAACGUCUGCCCACAUUCGGUGUGGAAACAGUGCACGAGAAUGCGCUCGGCACACUGCUCGGCGACGUCGACACGUGGGGCAUUGACAUAUUCAAGAUUGGCGAUCUGAGCGCCAAUCGUCCGCUCACCUGUGUGGCAUACACCAUAUUUCAGAGUAGAGAACUACUGACCAGUCUUAUGAUACCACCGAAAACUUUUAUUAAUUUUAUGACUACUCUGGAGGAUCAUUAUGUUAAAGACAAUCCGUUUCACAAUUCAUUGCAUGCGGCUGAUGUGACACAAAGUACAAAUGUACUGCUCAAUACACCAGCGCUGGAGGGCGUAUUCACAUCGUUGGAAGUGGGCGGAGCAUUGUUUGCUGCUUGUAUACACGAUGUUGAUCAUCCUGGUUUAACGAAUCAAUUUUUAGUUAAUUCAAGUUCCGAAUUAGCCUUAAUGUAUAAUGACGAAUCUGUUUUGGAAAAUCAUCAUUUAGCAGUUGCCUUUAAAUUAUUACAAAAUCAAGGAUGUGAUAUAUUCUGUAAUAUGCAAAAGAAACAACGCCAAACAUUAAGGAAGAUGGUUAUCGAUAUUGUCCUCUCCACAGACAUGUCAAAACACAUGAGCUUGCUGGCCGAUUUAAAGACUAUGGUCGAGACGAAAAAGGUCGCCGGCUCCGGUGUGCUAUUGCUGGACAACUACACCGAUCGCAUACAGGUGCUCGAAAAUCUGGUACAUUGUGCCGAUUUAAGUAAUCCAACCAAACCGUUGCCAUUAUACAAACGCUGGGUCAGCCUACUUAUGGAGGAGUUCUUUUUGCAGGGCGAUAAAGAACGUGAAUCGGGCAUGGACAUUAGUCCUAUGUGUGAUCGUCAUAAUGCCACAAUCGAAAAAUCGCAGGUCGGAUUUAUCGAUUAUAUUGUGCAUCCAUUGUGGGAGACAUGGGCCGAUCUGGUGCAUCCCGAUGCACAGGAUAUACUUGAUACGCUUGAAGAGAAUAGAGACUAUUAUCAGAGCAUGAUACCACCAUCACCACCACCAUCGGCGGCCGACGAUCAACCCUCCGACGAUAAGAUACGAUUUCAAGUAACACUUGAAGAGUCCGAUCAAGAGAAUCUAGCCGAACUGGAAGAGUGUGAUGAGAGUGAGCAUAACAAACCGGAAGCAGCAACUGUGACGACGGCUGCGGGUGAGCACAAGCCGUCGGGGAGUGAGAAUCAAAGCCAUCACGGUGGAAUGUGACGGAGAGUAGCGGGACUAUGUAAGAAAAUCACCGAAAAGGCGCAAAAUUUUUUGCUAAUACGUUAGUAACAAACCAACUACAAGCAGCUAGUGAAAUAAAUAACUAAAAUAAAAAUGCCAAAAAACACAAAAAAACCAAAAAAAAAAUAAAAUAAAAUUUAAAAUU